AUGGUUGGUUUUCCCGCAGCUAAACCUAUUAAAGAAGAAGAAGAAGAAGAAGAAGAAGAAGUUCUACCAAUCAAUCAAGACUCCAAGGUCAGAACUUUCAAGGACGCUGUUGAUUUCCCUUCCAUCGAUACCUAUCUUGACUUCGAUUCCUGCAACUGGUUUGGGAAUACUCCGAGUAUUGAGGAGUUUGGCGUUAAAGAUACCGACUUUGAUUUUUUUGAGGACGAGAUGGAGAUCGGACAAGGAGGUGGUGUUACUGUCGGCGAGGAGAAUCAGAGUACUGUUCUGUCUGAAACUAUGUUUGAGGUGAAGCCUGAUGUUAAGGCUAACUCGGUGAUUGAGGCAGAGACCAAGGUUUGUGAUGACGUGGCAGAUACUGAUGUUUCUGACAGCUCUAAGCCAAUGGAAGAUGUGUCUGCGUCUGUUGAGUGUCCCAUCUUGAAGCUGGAUGAGUCAGAGCUGAAGAAAGAAGAUGUGAGUUUGGCUUCUUGUAUUGAAGUAGGGUUGGAGAAGGUUAGUUUGAGCGUGGGUGAUGAUGAGAAGGGGAAAAGUAUUAGUGUUGCUGAGUCUGAGAGCGAAGACUCGAGCUCUUCUUCAUCUAGCAGUAGUGGUAAUAGUAGCAGUGAAGAAGAGAGUGAUGAGGAGGAGAGUGACGAAGAGAAGUGUGAAGAUGAGAUGGUUAUUGUGAAAGAGGAUGGAGUGGGAGGAGAACUUGAAGAGGGCGAGAUAGAGAGUGCAGAUGAGGUUGAAGAUGAUGAUGAUGAUGAUAGUGAUGAUGACGAUGAUGAAGUGAAUGAGAUGAUUGCUUGGAGCAACGAUGAGGAUGAUGAGCUUGGUUUGCAAACAAAAGACCCUAUAAGGUCAAAGAAUGAGCUCAAGGAACUUCCUCCAGUUCCAGCUGUGGAUGUCUCUCUCGAACCUCAUCAUGUCACGCUUCCUGUUGGAGUUGUUCUUUCGGUGAUGGGCGCACAAGUCAUAGUGGAGGGAAUGGAACAGCAUAGUCCUUUGACUGAAGGCUCUAUCCUAUGGAUAACGGGAAAAAGAACUCCAUUGGGACUUGUGGAUGAGAUUUUUGGACCUGUGAAGUGCCCUUACUAUAUUGUGAGGUUCAACUCAGAGAGCGAAGUACCAGAGGGUGUUACUCAAGGCACACCUGUUUCAUUCGUCGCUGAUUUCGCUCAGCAUAUUCUCAAUAUCAAGGAGCUGCAGAAGAAAGGUUACGAUGCGUCUGGAGAUAACGACGAGGAGAUACCAGACGAGCUUGAGUUCUCUGAUGAUGAGAAAGAAGCUGAGUACAGAAGGUUGCAGAAGAUGGAAAAGAGAGGGAUGAUGAAUGAUCAAAAAGCUGGUAACGGAAGAAACAAAAAGAAGAAAAACAGAGAUCAGGGAAGGCCUACAGGGAACUACUCAGGGGAAUGGACAGAGAACAAUGGAUCCUCAAACCGUUCUGAUCCUCAUCAAAUGGGUGGUCCAGUUUCUAAUCAUCAGGCAAGACCUCCUCAGAUGGAUGGUUUUCCUCCAAACAAUGGAGCAUGGAGACCUCCCCAGAGUAAUCAGCAGAACCCAUACCAGCUUCCUCCUAUGCCUAAUCAGAUGGGAAUGCCUAAUCUAGGUCCAAUGCAGAUGCCUUUGAUGGGAAUGCAAAAUCAGAAUCAAAUGAUGUUCCCACCACAGUUCAAUGGUGGUCAGAUGCCAAUGCCUGGUGGACCUGGUGGUUUGAACUUUUUUCCAGGACAGGGCUCAGCUCCAUGGCCUGCAUUAGUUGGUCAGAACUGUUUCAACCCACAACAGUUUGGUGGGAUGGGAAGGGGUAUUCAGCAUCCCCAGUUACCUAAUGAUCUGAAUUUCAAUAUGUUUGCUUCUCAAGGUUUUCAAAUGCAGCGACCACAGUUCCAAAUGCAACCGCAGUUCCAGACUCGCCCACCCAACCCAAUGAACCCGCCAUACCAGAUGCUGAACAACAACAGGCCACCGUCUCCAAUGAACCCACAGUUCCAGAUGCAACCACAGUCUGAGAUACGUCCACAGUCCCAAGUCCAGCAUCACUCACCAAGUAACCCGGAGUCCCCAGUGCAACAACAAGAGUCUCAAGGGUUUAGCAACGGGCAGUUUUCUGAAAGGGGAAGGGGCCACCGUGGUGGUCGUGGCAGGGGUAGAGGUAGGGGUCGUGGUAGGUCUGGACGUGGACGAGGUCGUGGGCGGCAACAGUCUGGAUGAAGACUGUUUUUGUGUGAAGAAGCAUUAUGAUGUGUCAAAAAGCAAUGUUUUUAAAUUUAGUUUUGUAUGCCAGUUUUGUUUGGUAUGUUAAAAACAACUCAGCUAUGAUUGAAUGAUCUUUUUCUUUUCCACACAUUCUCUGUUUGCUAACAGUAAAUUCAAAACCUUGUACAACAAAAGUCAGUCAUUAGUCCAG